GGGAAAGCGAAGACUGGAGACGGUCGCCAUAUUGUUUGAUUCCGCAGAUUCACUGGAGCAGAAAGCAACAAGAAUUCUGAUUAAAUGAGCUUCUAUUAAACAGUUACACAGGUAACCGUCACAUAAUAUUACAUGAGGUCGCUGCAGACCGUGCUGCAUUCAUAAGACCCUCUUUAGCGCUGUCAGUCGGAUUUAUUCGUGCAGAAUAUGGGUCGCUCCCGGAGUCGCAGCACGUCCCGGUCCAAACACUCUAAACACAGCCGCAAACGGAGCCGCUCCAGAUCCAAAUCCAGCAAGAAAAGGAGCAAGUCAAAGGAGCUGAAGAGGAGCAGAAGGUCCCGCUCGAGGUCAGGCAGCAGGAGGGACAGAGGUGGCUCACCCCCCGACCGAACCGACAUGUUCGGCCGGACACUGAGCAAGAGAAACACCGACGAGAAACAGAAGAGAGAAGAGGAGGAGAGGAGAGCAGAGAUAGAGAGACAGAGGAAGAUCCGUCAACAGGAGAUCGAGGAGCGUCUGAUUGAGGAGGAGACGGCGAGGCGCGUGGAGGAGCUUGUGGCACGGCGUGUAGAGGAGGAGCUUGAAAAGCGGCGUGAUGAGAUCGAGCGUGAGGUGUUACGGCGGGUAGAGGAGGCCAAGCGCAUCAUGGAGGCACAGCUUUUGCAGGAGCUAGAGAGGCAGAGGCAGGCCGAACUGAACGCCCAGAAAGCCAGAGAGGCGGAAGAAAAAUCCAAACGAGAGGAGUUGGAGAAAAUUUUGGAAGAAAACAACCGAAAGAUUGCUGAUGCUCAGGCUAAGCUGGCUGAGGAUCAGCUACGUAUUGUGGAAGAACAAAGGAAGAUCCACGAGGAACGCAUGAAGCUAGAGCAGGAGAGGCAGAAACAACAGAAAGAGGAACAGAGGAUGAUAUUGGGGAAGGGCAAGUCCCGACCUCGUCUCUCCUUCACUCUCAAAGCAACAGAGUGACUUCUCUUCUCUUCUCUUCUCUUCUCUUCUCUUCUCUUCUCUUCUCUUCUCUUCUCUUCUCUUCUCUUCUCUUCUCUUCUCUUCUCUUCUCUUCUCUUCUCUUCUCUUCUCUUCUCUUCUCUUCUUCUCUGCUCUUUGGAUGUGUGCUUCAUGUUGAAGUGAAUCGGAGUCUCAAAGAGAGGUCUGCCCUGUGCGCUCUGCCCUCAUAAAUUGCUCUUCGUGAACCCUGGAAAAAGAAAAACAUUUGAAUCCUCAUGCUUCAAAACCGGACUUGCAGGCACCACCACAGACUUACAGAUCAUCUGUCAUCUUUUGCUUUUUUCAGUGUGUUGUAUCGAUAUUUGACACCGUUACGCUGGAUGCACCUUCAGAAACGCAGGCUUUUUUUUUUUUUUUUUUUUUAAUGUAAAGCAAAUAAGAAUGAGUGUAAAUAUUUGUGUAUAUGAGUGUGUGUGUGUGUGUGUGUGUGGUUGGUUGGUAAAUAUAUAUCAGUGGUUUGGGAGCUCUGUUGGUGCAAGCUUAGUUUAACUACUGUUCAUGCGUUCAAAGCAUAGGGGAAGUACACAAAAAUGUUUUGAAAAAUGUAAAUUGGAAGACUUAUUAGUGAAUGUAUGUUGCAGGAGUGUGUGGAAGCAUUUUGUAUUUUUUAGAUUGUGGACUGAACACCUCAAAACAUAGAGUUUCUAAAAUGCUGCUUAACACAUUGUCACCUGAUAUGAACUGCGUUUAUAGCAUUGUAACCUAGAUCAUAUUUGUCCCUUUUGAGACACCUUACUUUAAUCGCUCAUUUUUGAAACGUAGAACAUGUGUGGCCAGAACUUAUUUAGCAUUCAUAAUACAAGCAUUUUGGUGAAAAAAGGUUACAAUGUUACAAAGUCUUGUAAUGUUUCUAGUGCUCUGUUGGUACCUUAAGGAAAUCGGGAAUCACAGGUAAGACUAGUUAGGGUGUGUAUGUGAGCGAGUUUGCGUGGGUGUAUGAGUGUAUGCUAGAGGGUGUUCUUGUCUUGUGGUAAAUUACCCCUUUGCUUGUGAACUGGGACAUUUAGUGUGAUGACCAAUAAAUCCCAUGAACACAA